CCAUUGACAGCACUUUCCGGAUACAUCUGGAGAUUCACGAUUCUGUGCAAGCCUUGUUCAACGGUCCGGACCACCUUUUGCGACAUCGACGCAAACGACUCAGAUAUAACAGAACAAUCAAUUGUCUUCUCCUCGAUCAGCAGAUGGACUCCUCGUUGCUUGAGGUCUGGCAAGCUGCUGCUAGCACGCCGUUCCAACCCGCCGUCGCCAAGGAUUCCCAAUUCUUCAUUGCGUUCCUUCUUCUCCUCAUUGGUGUUGCUAUCACUGGUUUCUUUGCUUUUAACCGGUCCUUCAUCAACAUCCCAGCGCUUGGCGUGCCUGCCUCAGCAGCAAUUGCAUUCGGCACGGUUUACAUGUUCUGCGCGGUCGGAGUCUACCCCAGUGCGGUACCGCAGCCGCUGUUCCGUGCUGUGGCGAGCUCGACGAGACCGCUGUAUCAGUUACUGAGGACCAUCAGCUUCUCCAAUAAGGUCCAUGUUCAACUCCAGGAAGAUGGCAUCAGGUUCGCCGCGGAUCUAUCUAGGGUCAUGCAAGGCAAGAUGACUGACCAUCGUCUAGGUACUGCCUUCCUCGACAAGAAGCUCUUUACGUCGUACUCUCUGAACCUUGCAGAUGACGAGCCCUUGCCCAACUUUCAAAUUACUCUCCCAGCACUUCUCGAGACGCUUCAAAUUUUCGGCGCAGUGGACGUUGCAACACGCACGCAAAAGGCCGAGCAAGACCCGUACCGCAGCAAUCUCCGCAACUACCGACCAGAUGCGUUUAGUAACCAAACUCUGGGGAUUGGCGGGACUUGCAGCCUGGUAUAUACCGAAGAGGGCGGCCAAUUCAACAUUAUCAUUGAGGAAAGCGGGGUCAAAACUACCGCCAGCCUCACAACCUAUCUGCCGGAAAUCCCAGAGGAGAUACCCUUUGACCGGGAGAACCUGUCUUUCAAAAUCAUUAUGCAGGCGCGCUACCUUCUUGACGCCUUGGCCGAGCUGGCACCUACCGGCCCCAGCCGCCUAACCAUAUCGGCCUCGAAGAACCAACCCUACCUUUCCCUUUCCGGUGCCGGCGACCUGGGGUCUUCCACCGUGGACUUCGCCAAAGGCCGCGAGCUACUGGAGACCUUUUCAAUCCAGGACCGAUGGACCCAGACCUACAAAUUCGAUCUGAUUAAGUCUUCGAGCGAGGCGAUGAGGAUCGCUAGCAAAAUUAGCUUCCGCGGCGACGCCCAGGGCGUUCUGAGCUUGCAAUUCAUGGUUGAGGUAGAGGGCGGCGGAGUCAGCUUUUUGGACUUCCGGUUUGUGCCAUUCAUCACGCACGAGGACGAUGAGGACGAAGAGGGACAGGAUGAGGAUGAGUAA